CCGGCGGCGGUCCCCCGCUCGCCGGCCGCGGCCCCUCCCUGACUCGGGCCACUCACCCGUUUUGGGAAUCGGCCUCUUUAUCCUACACGGGUCUUGGAGCCGACUGACAACCGUGGCGCCUCCGGCUCUGCUUCCUUCGACUCCCCGAGCAAAGCCACGGCUCCGGCGAGGCUCGGACCUCGGGGCCUUUCUCCGGCACCCAGAGAUGAGAACACCCCCCCACCGGCCCCGCUCCGGUUCGCCUGGCGUUUACGGGCCCUAGACUACAACUCCCAGAACCACUCCCACCCCUGACACCCAGAGACGGACCCGCGGGGAACAAGCCCUUCAACCCCUGUCCGCCCCCUUCGAAAAGUGGAGAUUCAUGGGACCACAAGACCUCCACCCAUCCCGAACCCUUCUACAUGCAUUCUCCUACGCUCUGCUUUAAACGUAUUAACAACAACCUAGAAAGGCGACCGGGAGGGGGGGAAAUAGCGCUCGAAUGCGCAUGCGUACAGAUCAAUGGUUUCCACGCGCGGGUUGCGGGGGGUGGGGAGGGAAGGAAAGGGUGGAAAGGGCAGGAAGGGUAGGGGGAAGAAGGGACAAAAAAAAGAUGGCGGUGACGGGGUAUCCGUCACAGGACCCGGAAGCACUUUCCGUUCCGUUUCCUCCCGAAAAAUUCGCCGUAGGAUCUUACCUAGGUCGACUGAAGUCACCGCGGGUUUCCAACGUUCCUUCCUCUCCCGAUCACCAUGGCUCUUAAAAGGCUCUCCAGGUUUUUAUCUCUUGUUCAGUCUGCAACUUCGGUGUACUUUCGAAGGAACAUUGGUGUUACAGCGGUUGCAUUUAAUAAAGAACUCGAUCCUGUUCAAAAACUCUUUGUAGACAAGAUUAGAGAAUAUAAAUCCAAGAGACAAACAGCUGGAGGACCUGUUGAUAUAGGUCCUGAAUAUCAACAAGAUCUGGACAGGGAACUAUUCAAGCUUAAGCAGAUGUAUGGUAAAGCAGACAUGAAUACAUUCCCAACAUUCAAAUUUGAAGAUCCCAAAUUUGAAGAGGCACCUAAACCCUCAUCUUGAGGAUUCACAACGGAGUGUAUAUUGCUGUUUGAUUCUUUGUCAGGAAUUAGUUGUAUAACUAAUCAAUAGUAACAAUAAAUUUUAAUUUCACUUUCACCAAA